AUGGCGCUGCUUAGUGUGGGCAACUUCGCCCUCCUCGGUCUGGCGUAUAUCGUGUACAAAGUCGUAGGCCAGAUAGUGUACUACCACUUCUUCCACCCUCUGGCCAAGUUCCCGGGGCCAUUCUGGGGAGGUGUUACGCGCCUCUGGCUUGCAUAUCACAAUGCGAGUGCAGACGAGUGUGAGACUGUCAAGGCCCUCCACGAGAAGCAUGGACCCGUCAUCCGGAUCACACCCACGAUGCUGCUGGUGAGCGACGCCAAGAAGCUGCCCGAGAUCUACAGCCGCAACGCCAACAAGUCGAAGCACUACAUCACGGGCAGCUUUGGCGAGACCGAGUCGCUCUUCAACAUGCAGGACCACAAGGUGCACGCGCACUUCCGCAAGAUCGCGGCCGCGCCGUACGCCUUCUCCAACAUCAAGAAGAUGGAGCCGCUCAUUGAUUCCAACAUCGGCAAGUGGAUCGAGAAGCUGGACACACUCUUCGCCAAGUCCGGUGAGAAGUUCGACUUCUCGCCCUGGGCCGUCUACAUGGCGUACGAUGUCAUCUCCGAGGUUGGAUUCGGCGCCCCGUUCGGCUUCGUCGAGCAGGGCAAGGACGUUGAGAAUCUGAUCCAGGGCUUUCACGACGGCUUGGUCCCCUUUGGUCUGAUGGCACGCCUGUACCCCUUCACCAACUGGGUCAAGAGCACGUUCCUGGGCAAAUACCUGGUUGCCACUCCCGAGCAGGAGUCCGGAAUCGGCAUCCUGAUGCGCUUCCGUGACAAGCUGAUCAAGCAACGCUUUGAGGAUAUCGAGGCAGGAAAAACCACUGGCCGAAUCGACCUGCUGCAAGUGUUCAUCGAAGCCAGGGACGAGGAAGGCAAGCCCCUGGACCUGGACUACAUCAAGGCCGAGAUCCUGCUGGUGCUGCUGGCCGGCGCGGACACGACGGGCACGGCGUUCCAGGCGUUCAUGAAGUACAUCAUGUCGCACCCGGACGUGUACGACAAGAUGAUGGCCGAGAUCGACAUGGCGACGCGGGCGGGCAAGCUGUCGGCGAUGCCGCAGUACGAGGAGGUGCUGGCGCACUGCCCGUACUACGUGGCGUGCGUGCGCGAGGCCAUGCGGCUCAACCCGUCGGCGCCCAACAUCUUCCCGCGGCUGGCGCCCAAGGGCGGGCUCGAGCUCUACGGCCAGUUCGUGCCCGAGGGCAUGGAGGUGACGUGCAACCCGUGGAUCGUGCACCGCGACCCCAACAUCUACGGCGCCGACGCCGAGCAGUUCCGCCCGGAGCGCUGGCUCGAGGACCCGGAGAAGGCCAAGGAGUACAACAAGUACUCCAUGUCGUUCGGCUACGGCGCCCGCGUCUGCCUCGGCCGCGACAUCGCCAACAUGGAGCUGUACAAGGCCCCGCUGCAGUUCUUCCGUACUUUCCGGCCCAACAUCGAGAAGUCGGGUACCUACAUCUACAAGGGCGGCCUCAGCUACUUUGAGGAUAUGUGGAUCCAGAUCGACAGACGGGCUGCUGUUGUCUAA